AUGGCACGUACAAAGCAGACGGCCAGGAAAUCCACUGGCGGGAAGGCUCCGAGGAAGCAGCUGGCGACAAAGGCGGCGAGGAAGUCAGCGCCGGCCACCGGAGGUGUCAAAAAGCCUCACCGGUUCCGCCCUGGCACUGUGGCGCUGAGGGAAAUCAGGAAGUACCAGAAGAGCACUGAAUUGUUGAUAAGGAAGCUUCCAUUCCAAAGGCUCGUGAGGGAGAUUGCACAGGAUUUCAAGACUGAUCUUCGCUUCCAGAGCUCUGCUGUGGCCGCGCUUCAGGAGGCGGCUGAGGCUUAUUUGGUUGGACUGUUUGAGGAUACGAAUUUGUGUGCUAUUCAUGCCAAGCGUGUCACUAUUAUGCCGAAGGAUAUACAGUUGGCUAGGAGGAUUCGAGGCGAGAGGGCUUAG